AUGGCUUCCGAAGCGCAGGAGGUGCAGCCUUCAGCGCCCUUUACCACAGCCUUGUACAAUGGUUUCUUGACGCGGCUAAUUCAGGUCUUGGCUGCCGGAGGGCGGUGGUAUCAAUGGGCAACCCAUCCCCUCUCCGACGUCGCACCAACAUUCGUCAAGUCCUAUGGCUGUCGCCCGUCCCUCACUGUUCGCAUUUUCUUUCCAAGCACAUGCGACCUUUCUUCGUCUGAGCGCCUGCCAUGCUACUUCAACAUCCACGGUGGAGGGUUCUGCCUCGGAUGUCCAGAAGACGACGACGUGUGGAACCGCGCCUUUUCUGAUAAGCACAACGUCGCCGUGGUCGAACUGGAUUACCGCAAGGCUCCCGCCUACGCGUUCCCCACAGCUAUUCAUGAUGUCGAGGCGCUCAUGCUGGCCGCGUACGACGACGAGAGCAUCCCAUUGGAUAGGAAUCGCGUAGCAGUGGGUGGGUUCUCAUCGGGCGGGAACCUCGCCCUCGCUGUAUGCCAGCUGGAAACGAUCCGGGACACUAUCAAACCGUCGGCGGUAUGCCCGAUAUACCCACUGGUCGACCUCGCCACAAAGCCCGACAAGAAAGCAGCGACGCGGUACUACAAGCCCGCACUUGGCUCCGGCCUGCGCGCCAAUGCCACUGACAUGCUAUCACCUGUCUCCCGAUUUUUCGGGUGGGGCUACCUGCCCUACGGUCAGCCUCUGAGAGACCCUCUGCUGUCCCCAAUUUUUGCACCGCGCGAGCACCUCCCGAGGAAGGUCUUCAUCGUCGCGGCGGAACUCGAUCGUUUGGCUCACGAGGCGUGGCGCAUGGCCAGCGUGCUCGCCCACCGACCGGAGCCAUCUGCAGACGUCAAGGUCGGCCAAGAAGAGCCAGGCGCACCGGGAGAGCUGAUCAUGGAUGAUGAACGCUUCGCAUUCCGGCACCUCGACGGUGAUGGCGAAGAAGUGCAGUGGUUGCUCAUCCCUGAUCAGAUUCAUGGAUUUGAUCUUGAGCCGGUAGGUUUUCAUGGCAGCGAGGAGGCAUUCCGGGAUGCCCAGGUGAAGACCGAGGCUUACCAGAAGAUUUUGGGGGAUUGGCUACACAAGUCUGCCUGGAGUUAG